GAAGGUUAAAGUACUAAAUUCAGUAUAGGCGUAACUUUUGAGUACACUAUGGUUCCCCCUUCGUUCGCGGAUCUUGGUAAAGAUGCACGGGACUUACUCUUUAAAAAGUUUUAUUUUGGACUGUAUAAUAUUCACUGCACGACAAAGAAAAAUGACAUUGAAUUUAAAGCCAAUAUUAGUGAUGGACCUAAACCAAAUAAGAUGCAUUUCAACCUGCAAGAAAAGUUCUCCUUUCCACAAUAUGGUCUAACUAUGACGAAAAACUGGUCUUCCAACAAUCUAGUUGACGGAGAAAUAGUAUUUGAAGACAAAUUAGUUGACGGGUUGAAACAAACUUUUCAAAUUUCUCGCGAUCCUUUUCAAAAUUGUUUUCAUGCCAAUUUAGUCAAUUCUUUUCGAAACAAGCAUGUGAAUUCUAACGUCGAAAUGUUCUUCAAGUCUGCUAUCCCUGAUCUGUCCCCAUCUUUUGUUUUUAAUUACCAAGGCUAUUUGGUUGGUGCAGAUGUUAAAUUGGAUUGUACAAAUCAAAUUUUACAAAAAGCUAAUUUUUCUGUCGGUUACACAGUACAAGAUUUUAGUUUCCAUGGUUUAAUUACAAAUUGGGGUAAACAAUUUUCAGCCAGCAUCUUUCAACGUAUAACUGAUCGACUGCAUAUAGCAGGCUCAGUAAGUAUAAUUUUAAAAUUCCUAUUUUUUUUUCAAUGAUAUAAGUUGCCUAUUUUUCCCUUAACGUUUUUAUUAUUCUGUUUGACAGUUUUUCAAUCUUUACUUUUUAAUCAAGGUUCUAGUCUUUGUUGUGUGUUUGAAUUCCCUCGGUAUUGUUAAGGACUGAAUGGAUUGCCUCGGUAUUGUCAUUCAGUCACAAUUUCUUUUAGUAAAAUUAUUUAGUGUCUAGCAGUAUAAACCAGGAUGAAUGUUUCGCCUUAUUUUAGACUCGCCAUUUGGAUGUACCUGGAUCCUAUUAUUGAUGUUCACUCUGAGACUGACCAAUUGUAAGCACCAACUUCAGUGACAAGAUUUAAAAACUAAAAAGUAAAACGCGUACCUGUCUCACGAGCCAGUAUCUAUCUGGAUUGAAUAGCUCAGUAGAUAAGGUGAUAGGCGUACUGUGUUUGAGUCUUGAUGUAAACGUCAACACUGGUAUUCAAUUACACCCAGCUGACGAGUUUCACCACUAACCACUAAUCAACUUUGCCAAAGUAUAAUCUUGUCUUUAGUUUUCAUCUGUUUUAUAUUGUAUUUCAAAAUUUCGGCUUCAUUGAAGUAACGGGUAAUACACAGUUAUUAAAUUAUUUUGACUAUGUUCUAGGUUCAUAUCGCCCAAAUAUUUUUGUUAGAACAUGUGCUACAUGUGCCUAACUACUGUUUACCUAGACGGGUGAUUUACAGAAGUAGGUUGGAGGAAAACUUGGGGUAACCAAACCGAGAAGUAGCAUCAGUCCAUGAAGUGAUUGACUAUUAACUUGAACUGCUUAUGUAAAUCCAGACUAUCUGAUUGGUGUCCAGGAGACAAUCUCAAUCAGUUAUUAAAGACAUUGGCUGAUGCUCUCUCAGAAUCAGUCACACUGGUGUAGGUAAAUUCUUUUUUAUUAUGCACUUGAUCUUGAAUUCCAGUAAUCCUACAUACAUAUUUUUCCUUUCUGUAUUUUUGAAUCUCAUUCUCAAUUUUCAAUCUUUCUCAUCAGCAUUUUCACUGCAUUAUUUCAAUCCCUUUAGUAUUCAACCUGUUAAUUUGAUCUUGUUGUUUUGGAGUAGUUUAGCAACUCGGUCCAACGUACAUGUAUACUAGGCUCUACGCUGUUGAUGAUUAACUGAGUUUUGCUUAUUUAUUAAGUAUUGAAAUUGAUACUUCAUAUAGAAAACAUACUUUGUACUAUUAUAAUUACUAAGAUAUAGUCAAUAAGAUUGUGAUAACCUAAUUUUAUACCAAUUCUGUUGUGUCUUUAUGGCCCGCUAGCUAUCACGUAAUUUAUUCGCCAAUAAAAAUACGACUUAUUCACUUUCGCACUGCACUAAACCAAUGACGUUCCACCGAUAUGAUCAGCCUAGCGUCCUUAUUGGCCCUAUGUUCGCCUAGCCCGUCCAGCUGAGUCUAGAAUGCCAACAACAGCCUCCACUAUCCAAAUCACAUAUUUCAGACAUACUGGGUUUAUAUACUAAACAAACAGACCGCAACGCACCAUAAAAUAAGAAAUAAAAUUCAUGCACAAUAUAGCCAAAAUGUGUCUGUGAACGUGGGAGACUGUAAUUAAUAAACUGAGUAAAAUUUAAGAACAGUAAUUCGUAUAAUAAUAAAUUAUAGGUCAAAAUAAAGCUUAUAACAAGGGGAAUAUAGAUAUACAUAAUCUAAUUACUGAAUAGUUAUACCAUAAGAAUAUACAGAUAAUAUUAGUUUAUUAAUAGGUUUCAAAAGUUACUCGUAAUGUAAUCUUCGUUAGGAUAUAACAGAUUCCAUGGUGUGAGUACGUGUUUAUGUUUAUUGUGGAGACCUACCUGAAUAUCUGGGUUACCUGUUCCUACAAUUUAGAUAUUUCAACAAACUCUGUGCUUUUUGCGCGAUUAUGAAAGUUUACUACCUUUUGCUAUACAAUUUACAAAAUAGUACAAUCAAAAACAUCAUGGUGGCUGGUAAUAUGUCUUGAAAAAAUAGACAUGAUUUAGAUGUCAGUUCCUGAACUGCUAACAUCUAACUGGUAGUUACUCAUUAUUUAUCGUCAAGAUCAAUCAAUCAAUAAGGAAAGGAAACUUAUUAAAAUACUUGGUUCUGACAAUUCUAUAUUAUAUCAAGAAGAUGAUACUGAAUAAAGGCGUUAAUGAGAAUAAUAACAACACUAACUUGAAUGGUACAGAGCAACAUUGACAAAUCCAUUAUUUAAGAUAAUAUUUUACAAAUGCAAUACAUUGGAAAUUGUGACGACGGACCACGGGUGAACUCGAGGAAGCUGUAGGAGGCUCGGAAGGAGCCGAAGAUAUUCCAUCCAACUACCUUUCGGAAGAGUAUUGUAGAAUUCCCACAUGUAGCUUCCCGAUUGGACAAUGCUAAUAACCCCCUGUAUGCGGAUUGGAGGACUGUAAUGAUGAUUUCGUUCUUACUAAAAACUAUAAAUACCUGACGAUUUUGUAUUACAAUUGACACUGUCUGGGAAUAAUAUUCCUUUUAUUAGUUUUCUGUCUUCUCAUUGCGACUUGGAAGGGUUCUGGCGUUUUAGUGCUCACGUUAUAAGCGGUAUAUCAAGAACAACCUUCUAGAUAUAACAGAAAUCAUUAAAACAAACAGUUAGAACAAUGAACAUUUCGAUUAAUAAAACAAAUAAAGUAGGAUUCAAUCAAUCAUCAGAUGCAUCUAGUUUUUUUCCUUUUAAAGAGACAAAUGAUAAAUACAAUAGGAUCAUCACUAGUUUAUAUUUGUAAGCUUUAGUUGAUGAGGUCUCAAGUUACUGAGUUGUAAAAUAUAUGAAUCUUUAUUUCAUAUUCUGUAUUUUCUUCACAUUGAUUGUUAUGAUUUAUGGUUGAUAAAUUCCCCGUAUCUGCUAAACUAGUUUAAAUACCGAAGGUUCAAUUUAAUCCUCUUACUUUCAUGGAAACAUUCCUAUUAGAUGAAAAUAGUGAGUAGGGAUACUAUGCAAGAAAUUUAAAAUGUACGUCCAUAUUAGAUGAUUUGGUGAGAAAUAACUGUCUAUUCAACUCAGUCAUACAUUUCAACGAAUAUAUAUAUUCAAUUUGGAAUUCAGGAUAUGCGUUUGAUUCCGGCUUAGUUUGGUUAUUAUAGAUCUAUAAAUUAGUAUUUUAAAGAUUCAGUUUUCUUAUAGGUAAUGACAAACUUAAUGAAGUGGUUAUUGAAACUUGCAAGAAGUUGAAAUUGCAAUUUCUAUAUGUCUAAAAUCGUAAUUUUACUAAACAAAAUCAACCUCACAUAAGUUGGUAAUAUUAUUGUUUAAUCACAAAUGUGAAUCCUAAGUCAGACAGAUAUAUUAACAUAAAGCCUGGGACAGAUGUGCAGCUUAGAAUAAUAGUUAAUGACUUCAUGAACUGAUGCCAUAUCUUGGUUUGGCUACCCCUAGCUUUCUUCUAACUUACUUCUCCAUUAGCAAGUAUCACUCUUUAGUGUAGAUGAUGGUUAGACACCUCAGUAGAUGUAAAUUCACUACCUCAUCAAGCGAUUUUCCACUUAUAUCAAGUAUCAUAUGCUUAACUUAAGUUCGUGGUACAAAUUAUUUAUUUAUUUCACGUAAUUAUUUCGCUCUGUAAACAGUUUAUCAAUGAUAACUAUGAACUGUUAAAUAUCUUUGUUAGCGGGACAUAGACUGGAUUAAAGCAUGCUCAAUGCAUGAUUGCUUUGGUGCACGCUGAUUGGCUAAUUCUUAUCCAAUCAGCACUAGUCGAUAGUUGGAGAAUACUCUAGAAUCUUCUCAUGUGAAAACUAUAAAUAUACUGACGUUUUCCCUAUUGUGCUUCUGACUUGCUUCUUACUUCCAUCUAACCUUGUUAUUUGGAAUAUAAUCUCUUCCUGUUCAAACGUGUUCUGAUUUGGGGACUUGUCGAGUGAAUCGGUGUCCGAGAAUACUAAGCAAUAGGAAUAGCUGGGUCAUAACCGUAAGAAAGAGAGAUUUAUAACAAUCUUUAUGAUAUUUUGAAUGAUUUUAAAGAUUGAAAUGAAUAGUAAUUUCAUGUCAUUUUUCCUAGAUUAUUACUGAAUUAGUAGUUCAUUAUCAGUAGGAAAGUAACUUUCUAAUCGUAUAUAAAAAGAACCUCUUUAAGGAUAUAACACACAAUCAGUCAGUCAGUCAGUCAACAAAGUAGAACUUCGUACAUACGUACAUCAGUUGGAGUUAUCAUACCACAUUAGCACAGAGAUACAAUUGUCAAUUCAAAUUUCAUAGUGAUAGAGGUAAUAAGAGUAUAAGUAUAACACACAAUUCUCAGAGAGUAGGACAGACCAUCAUUAGAACUAACAUGUAUGUUACUAUUACCACUGUUUAUUAAGUGAGGAACCUUUGAAAUUGAGAAUUCCAUUUCAAACUCUUGACAUCUCAUCUUACUCCACAAAUGUUAGUAGUCGUUAAUUCUAUUUAGAAAUAAUAUCUUUUAAAUUAUUUAACUCUCUAAAUCUUUAAUUAAUCAUAGAUUACAUGGAAACGUGUUCCAGAUGAAACUGUUUGGGCUGUUGGAUCACAAUAUAUAUUAGAUAAUCAGAAAAAGCAUUCUGUGAAAUUGAGACUAGAUCAUUUAAAUCAGAUCAGUUUGGCUUUUACAACAUAUUUAUCAAAAAGUCUUCAAUUGACAUUGAGUGGAGUUUUCAAUGGUCCAGAUUUGACAAAAAUGGGUAUUGGUUUAGAAUUGAAUGCUUAAAACAUUUAUGAAUAUACUAAUUUUUCUAUGAAUUAAAAUAAAACAAUAUGACUAUGUAUCAAUUAUAGAUGUAAAACAAUUAUGAAUGAAUUAGUUCACUUUCUCUUUGCCCCGGUUUCAUCGUUACAAUCAUUCUUUCACCAAAUACAAAAGUAUUAGUUAUUUAGAUUGUUCAUGUUGAAAAUUUAUUCUGUUAUUUCAUUCAUGGUUAUGUUGCUUCUUUAUUGUUCAACUGUUUUCUUUCCACCACUACCACUUCCAAACUAUUUAGUCUAUAUACUGCCAUUACAUUAUCCAAGUGUAUAUGACCUUUUGUAGGUGUGUUUUGCCUCUGCUUUUUUUUCUAAAGAUUUUUAUUUAUUGAUGAGAUUACAUAUUAAGUUGAAUCUCUUAAAAGAAUCUGUAUUUCAUCAUAAAUAUAGAUAGUUACAUGU